AUGUUUACUAAAGAAUAUGUACUAUUACUUUGUUUUUUUGGCAGAUACGAUGAAAUUAAACAAAUACUUUCAACAACAGAGUGUAUUAUGCAUUUUUUUAGGUAUUCAAGAAUACAGACUCCAAGGGGUAUUUUUAAUGAAUGUUUUAAAGUUUGCUUCGAACGCCCAUCCAAACAAAGAGAAAAACAACUAUCCUAUUUAUUUUCUGAUUUAAUUACGGAUGGUCAUAUACAUUUAUUUAAAUUAUUUGUCGCUCAAUAUCACAAUGCAUCAAAAUUAGAAGGUAACAUUGCAUCAUGGUUUUCAAGACAAAACAUAUCAUAUAUGGUUAGAGCCAGCAUCGAAUACGCUUCUAAUAUGCAUGUUCUCUCCAGCGUUGGUGUUUGGAAUGAUGAAAAAAACGCUUACAUUGGCAGCAUCGAACUACAAAAAGUUACAUCCAAUGUUGGUAAAGCCUAUGAAGGUUUCCAACAUAUGGGUUCACAAACCUCAACCUAUAACUAUACUUCAAAACAAUUAAGUUUUAUUAUUAAACAAAAUGGUACUGAAAAUAAAUUCCUUCAUUCAGUUGAUACUACCACUUGGAAAGAAAUUAACACAUCAUCAAUCGGUAAAGAUUACAACUAUACUGGUUUAGCUUUUGACAAUACCACUGAUGCAUUCAAUUUAUUUGGUACUUACACUAAUGGUGAUAAUAAUCUCCACGUUUGUAAAAUCAGUCCAAGUGACCACGCCUCUAAAAAUACCCACACUUUCCCAGGCGAACUCUGUUCAACAUUCUUCCAUUCUAAAUUAAACACCUAUUAUGUAUUCUAUACCAAACCAUCAAACCCAGAACAAAUCUAUGUUAAUUCAUACGAUAUGAAAGCCAGCCCAGUUAGUUUGGAUCAAGCUUAUGAAGUUAAAAAUGUUGGUAAAGGUUAUAAACCAAUCCCAUCAACCUUAAAAAAUCUUGCAUAUAUUCCAAACAAAGAUUUAGUUGUUUGUAAUAUUAAAGUCGUAUCAGAUGUAAAAGAAGGUUCAGAAAUUUUCCACAUUUCAACUACCAACAAAACCAUCACCAAUUACGGCUGGAACGGCAGUGAAGGCAUUUUAACACAAAUCAAAACACCAUUCGCUUUAUUCGCAGAUCUCAAAUUACCAAGAAUCUACCAAAUCGUUCUUUAUGCUGACACUUACAAAUUAUAUACUUAUAGCACAUAUAACAACAGAUGGCAAGAAACUAAAAAAUUCGGUAUUGCCGUUACUUCCAUUUGGGAAAUUGAAUCAAAAUAA